AUGGCAACAACUGAUAACUCCAAGCCCUACAUACCUCUUGCUGGCAGUGCCAAUGAUGGCUGGUCCACAGAAGACCAGGCGACUGCUACAUGCUACUGCGGUAUUGUGCAGUUGGUUUUUCCGACGCAAGGCCCUGGCCUCCUUGACACAUUCGCCUGUCACUGCACGGACUGCCGCAAAAUAACUGCAUCGAUGUUCGCGACCAAUUUCAUCGUUGCAGAUCCAUAUCUCAAACACCUGCGCGGCGAAGAAGCACUCACAAAAUUUAGCCAGUCGAAGACCACCACCUCUGGCAAGGCAAUGGCGAACUACUUCUGUUCAAAGUGCGGCACGCUCAUGUAUCGGACCAGUGAGCUGAUCCCGGGACACAGCAUCCUGCGCACCGGAACUGUGGAUGAUUUUACUCUGCAUGAAACGAAAUUGAAGCCACGAGCUGAGCUGUAUACCAAGGACCGUGUUGGUUGGCUGUGUAGUGCAAGGGGCGUUGAACAGGUUGAGGGAGCAACUCUUGCUCCCAAGGAUGGUAGCCUUCCUAAUCAAUGA